UUUCUUGCUAGUGGCAAGAGCCCCGUUGUGUUUAUUAUAAAAAUACACACCUGCCCUACAGAUCUCUUGUCAGCUGGAUUUUUUUCCAACCCUUCUUAUUUUCAGCUCAAGUCCAAUAAACUGUUAGUGAUCACCAGCUUUUGAUAAAGAGAUCCUCAGUUCCAGAGAGAGGAGUUUGCACGACUUGUGCUUCAUUUAGAAAGUUUGUAUCUGAAAGAACGGUUUGACGUGGAGCUGCUACAAUGUUACUGAGGGAUGGCUACCUGAUCAUGGCUCCUAAUCAAUGUGGAUGGGAUUAUGCUUCAUCUGUGGACUCUUUAUAGUCCCCACCAAGGUUCCAUUUAGAAGAUACAUCAUCCAUCAUCUCUUUUGGGAAAACAAGUGCACAUGUCAAAGCAGUUUCAAAUGCUAUAAGUAAGAAUUAGUACAGAAGGAGCAGGAUGAAAAUAUGGCAGUCCUGUUGUUACCACCAGGUCCUGAUAGCUUCCGCCGGUUCACCCCCGAAUCCUUGGCUGCCAUCGAGAAGCGCAUUGAAGAGGAGCAGGCCAGAAGUGCCAAACAGGAGUACAGAGAAGAUGACAACAACGAAGAAUCAAAACCAAAGCCGCAUCCUGAUCUGGAGGCCGGCAAACAGCUGCCUCGUAUCUACGGGGACUUUCCUUCAAACCUCAUUGGACAACCCCUUGAGGAUAUCGACCCUUUCUACAGAAAUAAGAAGACCUUCAUAGUGCUAAACAAAGGAAAGACAAUCUUCCGAUUUAGUGCCACACCUGCUUUGUAUAUAAUUAGUCCUUUCAAUCCUAUUCGAAGAGCUUCAAUCAAAAUUUUGGUACAUUCAUUGUUCAGUAUGUUUAUAAUGUGCACUAUUUUAACAAACUGUGUGUUUAUGGCCAUGUCUGACCCAGGACCAUGGGGCAAGUAUGUUGAGUACACUUUCACCGGUAUUUACACGUUUGAAUCACUAAUAAAAAUACUGGCGCGAGGUUUCUGCCUCAAAGAAUUUACCUUUCUCCGGGACCCAUGGAACUGGCUGGAUUUCAGUGUUAUCGUUAUGGCAUAUGCAACGGAGUUUGUGGACCUGGGGAACGUCUCUGCACUAAGAACAUUCAGAGUACUUCGGGCAUUGAAAACUAUCUCAGUCAUUCCAGGACUGAAAACCAUUGUCGGUGCACUUAUACAGUCUGUGAGGAAACUUGCCGAUGUAAUGAUCCUGACCGUUUUCUGCCUGAGCGUCUUUGCUCUCAUUGGGCUCCAGCUUUUUAUGGGACAUUUAAAACAGAAGUGUGUUCGAGACUUUGAAUUCUUUAACGAUUCCAUGUCGGGCACUUUGGAAUGGGGUAAUGAUACAUGGGAAUCCUAUGAAACGUUCAUCGCAGAUGAAACAAACGUCUUUCAUAAGAUUGGUACAAAACAACCCUUACUAUGUGGGAACAGCAGCGACGCUGGGAAAUGCCCUGAAGGCUUUAUAUGUGUGAAGAUUGGGAAGAACCCUGAUUAUAAUUAUACAAGCUUUGAUACUUUUGGAUGGGCGUUUCUUUCCCUCUUCCGUCUCAUGACACAAGACUACUGGGAGAACCUAUAUCAACAGACUCUCAGAGCUGCUGGAAAGACCUACAUGAUAUUCUUUGUGUUCGUCAUUUUCUUGGGUUCUUUUUACCUGGUCAACCUGAUUCUAGCAGUGGUUGCAAUGGCCUACGAAGAGCAGAAUCAGGCCACCAUUGCCGAGGCAGAGGCAAAGGAGAAAGAAUUCCAGCAGGCCAUGGAGCAACUUAAAAAGGAACAGGAGGCCAUGGCUGCCCGAGGACCUGACGCAGCAUCUCACAGUUCCUGCGAGAUGUCACCUUUUAGCUCCAAAUUUGCCAAAGAGAGGCGGAACCGACGGAAGAAAAAGAAAUCAUCGGAAGUGGACGAAUAUUGUGAAGAUACAAAAACUAACAGAGGGGAGUCGGAUGAAGAAAGUAUGAGAAAGAUGUCUCUGCUUGGAAUUGGGUUUGGCCCAAGUUCUGGAAAACGGAGGAUAAGCCAAGGGAGCAUAUUUAAUUUCCGCUUCCGAGGAAGGGAUAUUUGCUCAGAGACUGAUUUUGCCGAUGAUGAAGUGAGCAAUGCAAGUGAUCCCCACAGAGGAUCCCUGUUGGUUCCCCGCACAGGAAGACGACAAAGCACUCAGAGUCAAACUAGUCCAAUUUCUUAUCCUAACACACCUGGUUAUACUCAGAAUGGUAAAAGGAAUAGUUCCGUGGAUUGUAACGGAGUUGUGUCACUGGUUGGUGGAACUGGGACAUUUUCUAACCCGUCAUCCCCUGGUGGAUUACUGUUGCCGUCUGUUAUCUUGGAAAAAACUGGAGCUGAAGAAAAUGCUUCUCCGCAAGACCUUGAAGUGAGCAAGAUGCAGUUAUUAAUGCCGCACCGUCUUUCGGUAGAAUAUACAGACCAGCCAUUCCAGAGACAGCGUGCGGUCAGCGCCGUCAGUGUGCUCACAAAUGCCAUGGAAGAACUUGAAGAAGCACAUCAGAAAUGUCCUCCGUGUUGGACGCAUUUUGCUCAGAGAUACCUCAUUUGGGAUUGUUGUGAACUGUGGGUACAAUUCAAGGACGGGGUGAGAUUUGUAGUGAUGGACCCUUUUAUCGAUCUUACCAUCACCAUCUGCAUUGUUCUGAACACAAUAUUCAUGGCUUUGGAGCAUUACAAGAUGACAGAGGAAUUUGAUAGUAUGCUUUCCAUCGGGAACUAUGUUUUCACAGGAAUUUUUACAGCUGAAAUGGUCUUCAAAAUUAUUGCCUUAGAUCCCUAUUACUACUUCCAGCAGGGCUGGAACAUUUUCGAUAGCAUCAUUGUAUCUCUGAGCUUAAUGGAGUUAUGUCUUUCGAGCAUGGGAAACCUAUCAGUUCUUCGCUCAUUCAGAUUGCUUCGAGUCUUCAAACUGGCAAAGUCUUGGCCAACAUUAAAUACACUCAUUAAAAUCAUUGGGAAUUCUGUUGGGGCUCUCGGUAACCUCACCCUCGUCUUAGCGAUCAUCGUCUUCAUUUUUGCGGUCGUGGGAGUGCAACUGUUUGGCAAAAACUAUCUCGAUUGCGUUUGCAAAAUCAAUGAUGAUUGUAUUUUGCCGCGAUGGCAUAUGAGCGACUUUUUCCACUCCUUCCUCAUCGUAUUUAGAGUUCUUUGUGGAGAAUGGAUUGAAACCAUGUGGGAUUGUAUGGAAGUAGCUGGACAGCCAUUAUGCAUUCUUGUCUUCAUGUUGGUCAUGGUUAUAGGAAACCUUGUGGUGCUGAACCUUUUCCUGGCGUUGCUGCUCAGCUCUUUUAGCUCCGAUAAUUUGUCUGCCCCUGACGAAGACGGUGAGAUGAACAACCUACAGAUUGCCAUUGCUCGAAUCCAAAAGGGGAUUUCAUUUGCCAAACGUUUCAUCUUGGAUUUAUUUUGCAACUUGUUCAGCAAACCGAACAAAGCUGGGGAAACAUUUAUUACUAGCCUUUCUGGAAAGAACAGGAACAUUAAUAAUUUCAAUAUGCAUAACCACAUUAGCAGGGUGGACAGUGUAAAGGAGAAAGAUGAGUACCCAGAAGGGAAUGGAACAAACGGUGGGAUUGCCAAAAACGGGGAAAAAUACGUGGUAAGCGAAAGCGAUGAUUACAUGAUGAACCCUCGACUUUCCGUCUGCGUUCCAAUUGCUUUGGGCGAAUCAGAUGUUGAAUAUCAUGAGGAGGAUGAACAGAGUAUCUUCACAGAUGUUGAAAUCAGCAAAGAUAAGCAAGAUAGUAUUUCAGAAUGUAGCACGGUGGACCUAAGGAAAUCCAAGGAAAUGAUCGAGCAGGUUCCAGAUUCAUCCGACGACUUUUUGGAACCGGAGGAAUGUUUUACAGAAGGUUGCUUGCGGCACUGCCCCUGCUGUAAGAUAGACACCACGGAAGGAGUUGGUAAAGUUUGGUGGAAAGUAAGGAAAACGUGCUUCAAGAUAGUUGAACACAACUGGUUUGAGACUUUCAUCAUUUUCAUGAUCCUUCUGAGCAGCGGAGCACUUGCAUUUGAAGAUAUUUACAUUGACCAGAAAAGAACUAUCAAAACCAUAUUGGAAUAUGCGGACAAGGUUUUCACCUACGUCUUUGUUCUUGAGAUGCUCCUCAAAUGGGUGGCGUACGGUUUUAAGAAGUACUUCACCAACGCUUGGUGCUGGCUGGAUUUCUUCAUUGUUGCUGUAUCUUUAGUAAGCCUCAUAGCUACUGCCCUGGGAUUCUCCGACUUUGGUCCUAUUAAAUCUCUUAGGACCCUCAGAGCUCUGAGACCAUUAAGAGCAUUGUCACGUUUUGAAGGGAUGAGGGUUGUAGUAAAUGCCCUAAUCGGGGCCAUUCCAUCCAUCAUGAAUGUCCUUCUGGUCUGUUUGAUUUUCUGGCUCAUUUUUAGCAUUAUGGGAGUGAAUUUAUUUGCCGGCAAAUUUGGCAGAUGUGUUAAUGCCACAACAAAGGAACAAUUGUCUCACGAGUUUGUUGAGAACAAGACCCAGUGUGAUGAAUUGGGUGAAGCUGUAGCCUACUGGACUAAGGAGAAAGUCAACUUUGACAAUGUUGGAGCUGGUUAUUUGGCAUUACUACAAGUGGCCACAUUUAAAGGAUGGAUGAACAUAAUGUACGCAGCCGUGGAUUCGCGUGAAAAGAUCGAACUUCAACCAAUAUAUGAAGUAAACAAGUAUAUGUAUUUGUACUUUGUGAUCUUUAUCAUCUUUGGAUCUUUCUUCACAUUAAAUCUCUUUAUUGGUGUGAUCAUCGACAAUUUCAACCAACAAAAGAAAAAGAUAAGUGGUCAGGACAUCUUUAUGACAGAGGAGCAAAAGAAAUACUACAACGCGAUGAAAAAGCUGGGAUCGAAAAAACCCCAGAAACCUAUUCCUCGACCUCACAACAAAUUUCAAGGAUUUGUCUUUGAUGUGGUGACGAAGCAAGCUUUUGACAUCAUUAUCAUGGUCCUUAUAUGCCUUAACAUGGUGACAAUGAUGGUCGAGACAGAUGAACAAAGUUCAGAUAUCGAGACCUUACUCUAUAAGAUCAACUUGGCCUUCGUCGUCAUUUUCUCUGGUGAAUGUUUCCUCAAAAUCCUGGCUCUCAGGUACUACUACUUCACGAUCGGCUGGAAUAUCUUCGACUUUGUGGUUGUGAUCCUCUCAAUUGUCGGGAUUGUACUUUCAGAUAUCAUUGAAAAAUAUUUUGUGUCUCCGACGCUGUUCAGGGUAAUACGUUUAGCUCGGAUAGGACGUGUUCUUCGACUCAUCAGAGGAGCCAAAGGAAUAAGAACACUUCUCUUUGCCUUAAUGAUGUCCCUUCCUGCUCUAUUUAAUAUUGGCCUUUUGCUUUUUCUUGUCAUGUUCAUAUAUGCUAUUUUUGGAAUGGCUAACUUUGCGUACGUGAAAAUGGAAGCUGGCAUUGAUGACAUGUUUAACUUCCAAACAUUUGGAAAUAGUAUGAUCUGCCUUUUCCAGAUCACAACAUCUGCUGGUUGGGAUGGCCUCCUUAGUCCCAUACUAAACAGUGGACGCCCAGACUGUGACCCAGAUUUUAUCAAUCCUGGUAGCCUUACAGUUGGUAACUGUGGGAGUCCUUCAGUGGGAAUUGUAUUUUUUGUCAGCUACAUAAUCAUAUCCUUUCUUAUUGUUGUGAACAUGUACAUUGCCAUUAUUCUGGAAAACUUCAGUGUUGCAACUGAAGAAAGUACUGAGCCUUUGAGCGAAGACGAUUUUGAGAUGUUCUAUGAAGUUUGGGAAAGAUUUGAUCCUGAAGCCACACAAUUCAUUAGCUACUCCCUCCUUUCAGAAUUUGCGGAUUCCCUUGCAGAACCUUUGCGCAUACCUACACCAAAUAAAAUUAAACUCAUUGCAAUGGAUCUGCCAAUGGUAAGUGGCGACAGAAUUCAUUGCUUGGAUAUUUUGUUUGCAUUUACCAAACGGGUUCUUGGAGAGUCUGGAGAGAUGGAUACACUAAAGAUACAAAUGGAAGAAAAAUUCAUGGCAGCGAACCCAUCCAAAAUUUCCUAUGAACCAAUUACCACCACUCUAAAACGUAAACAAGAAGAAGUGUCUGCUACAUUGAUCCAAAGAGCAUACAGGAGACACUUGCUUUCUCGUUCCAUGAAACAAGCUUCAUUCCUAUACCGUCACAGAUCAUCUGAUGGUAAUAUCAUUGAAGAAGAUGCGCCAGAAAAAGAAGGCCUUAUAGCGACCACGAUGAAUGAAUAUUAUGGACGCCCUCUUGACAAAGCAGAAUCUAUAUCUUCAACGUCCUUCCCACCAUCAUAUGACAGUGUAACCAGAGACACAAGUGAUAAUACCUUGUUGAUAAGGGAAGACUCUACCAAAACCGAUGAUUGUAAAAUAUAUAUGGAUAGAGAUAAAGAAUCCUUUGUAUAAUCAUUGUUUUCUAAAUGCUUUCCGGUAUUGUUUACAGAAUGUUCUAAUGUCAAUUACGCAACAGUCCUGGCAGCCUCCAUUUUAAAAUUUAGUUGCAAAAGAAACAAACAAACUUUUGAUCUUUGAACUUAUGGGAACAGUGUGCUUUACAAACAUUGACUGUCCCGUGGUCAACUUUUGCUUUUUAUUUCUACACAAAAAAAUUAUGCAGUCACAGAAUAAUGAACCGUGGUGUAAUUCUGAAUAUGCUAAAGUGUACUAGAGUGAUGCAGUGUAUCUCUAUACACCGAAGAGCCUGACUGUAUACAUUCAUUUAUGGUCUUAUAUUAGUGUGUUUAGUUAAAGGUAAUAUAUGACCUUGCGUUCUAAAUGAAAUCCAAAUAUCACAGGCUGCUGUAGCAAAGAGUAUACACUUACUGUAUAUGUCAUGAAUGGUCUUUCAUAAAUUUAUAUUUGAUAUUUUUUUUUACAUAAGAAAAUAAUGUUCUCUUUUUUCCAUGGAGGGGGUGGAUUGUUAUUUAAAGAUCUGCAUUAUAAACGCUCCAAUGAUGCUAUAAUAAAAACGAUAAAAAAAAAAUUAUAAUAACAAAAAAACAAAGCUAAAAAAAAAAAAUGAAUCAAAGGAGAACUCUUGAAUCUUGCUGCUGAAAAUUGUUAUAAAAUAUUUGAACUGUUUAUUACAAGCUGAUAUGUAAUUGCUUGGCAUGGAUAAUGCAAAUAAAGAUUUUAAAAAGGGGUUAAAUAAUGUCUGAUAAAUAAUAAAUAUGGGUCUGUUUGCACGUUGCACAGAAACACUUUCAAAUGAGAUGUGAAGCGGGAAGACUUUUUUUAAUAUGUCUUAGUAUCUCCUUAU